UCAAUGUUAUAUUUAUACAGAGAGGAGAAAAAAAGAUACGGUGAUGAUUUUAUCCCCUCCUGCCUUCUUACUCCUGAAUGUUUACAUCGAAUGGCUUACAGUGUCUCUGUCAAACUACAACACAAUCUCUGUGUGCUUCCUUCUGGGUAUUACCGAGAGGCUGGAUUGCAACUGCAGAUGAAGUCUGCUGGAACAGUUGACCAGAAUUUAUUUACUGACACCUACUGUAAGGUAUGCAGUGCUCAGCUGAUUUCAGAGUCUCAGAGAGUGGCACAUUAUGAGAGCCGAAAACAUGCCAGCAAGGUUCGACUUUACUACAUGCUUCACCCAGUUGAUGGAGGAUGUCCAGCAAAGAAGCUCAGAUCUGAAAAUGGAAGUGGUGAUGGAGAUGUGGACAAGAACAAAUGCUGCACACUGUGUAAUAUGUCAUUUACCUCUGCAGUGGUGGCACAGUCACAUUACCAAGGCAAAAUUCAUGCUAAAAGGCGCAGGCUGUUGCUGGGAGAGGAGCCACCUUUUGGAACAGAACCAAAGCAGAUUUCCUCAAGACCUAGUCCAAUGACAAAUCCAUCACGACAGAGAAGAGAUUCAGACAGGUUCUGCCAACUCUGUAACGCUUGGUUUAAUAAUCCAAUGAUGGCCCAACAACACUACGAUGGUAAGAAACACAAGAAGAAUGCAGCACGAGCAGAUUUAUUGGAACAGCUCGGUCAGACCCUAGAUCCUGAAGCACUCCGAGCACUAAAGCGCAGUUACACUUGCAGUUUGUGUCAUGUGAUCCUGAAUUCCAUCGAACAGUACCAUGCUCAUCUCCAGGGAUCAAAGCAUCAGACUAACUUGAAAAACCAAUUGUGAGAUCCUUCGAGAGCAAAAUUAUUUAUUGAAUUCAACUUCAAGAUAUUCUGUUCUUCUUCAGGGCAUCCAAAUUUUAUUCAAUGCAGAGAUGAUCAUCUUUCUCAAGAAGCAUUGGACACCUUCAUAAACUGGUGUUUCCUUUUUUCCCCAAAGUAGAAGUAUCUCAAGGGAUAUCUGUCACUCUGUGUUGGAAGCAAAUUCCAUUGGUUAUAAACUCGGCACAAGAGUAAACAACAUGUUUUGAAGGAAACUCGUGUCUCUUCAAGCACAUAUUUUCAAGCACUACAGUUGUUUGUCACCCAGAUCAUUCCAGGCUGAUGGAUAAACAAGACUGCAUUCCAGCCAAAAAAUACCCGAAGCAUUCUUUUGGAAGUUUUGACAUUUUUGAAGGGCUGCAUUGAAGGAUUUGCAUUUGUACAGCAAAUUCCAUGACAGAAUGUUCUGAAGUACUUGAGUAUCAAUUCAGUAUUUUUCAAGUAUGUGAUUUUUGUAAUGUAGCAAAAUGCAAAGUGGGUACAGCAAGAUCCCACAGGCUGCAGUGAGAUCAUACUUGCGAACAACACCAGCAGAAUUUGCCUGCUGCUUAAUUUUGUUGGGAGAACACUUACAUCCACCUGAGAGAGUAGAUGGAAUUUUGUUUAAUGUUUCAUCUGUAACUUGCACCUCUGACAGUGCACCUCUAUCUCAGUAUUGCACCAAAAUGGCAACCUAGACUCUGUGCUUAAAUCUGUGGACAGUAUUUUGAGCCCAGGAUCUACUGGCUGAGAGUUGAGAGUACAACAAAGAAAUUGGGUUUAAUGGAUGGGGAAACAGUCUUUCCUGGAUUGCAGUCUGGCUCAAUAUAACAGGAUGAAAAUCCCUUCCUCUUUGAUUGAUGGGACCUAAGUCGGCAUUGUCAAUAUAGUUUCCAGUUUUUUCAAGUCCAAGAAUUAAAAAUUCCCAGUUGUUCGAAGGUCAGAGAAAGGAAGCAGUGCACUUUAUGUCCAGAUGCUUUCCACGAUCUAUUUAAAACAGAUUAUUACUGUUACGAAGUUAAUUAAACUUAUUGACUAGCUUUUUAGUAACAGGUCAUUCGGAGGGUGAAGGUGGGCAUCUGUCACGUUCAAAGUUUUACAUUGAAGUGUUGAUCACAUUUGUUCUCAUACAUACCAAGUAUGUUUCUUGUGAGGACUGGGGUGCAUUAUUCAGUUUUGUAACCCACUGGCAGCACCUAACAUGUCAGAUCAGACAUGGUCUGCAUUCGUCUUGGUUCUAAACUUAGUAAACUUAGAUGAAUGCCCUGAAUUGAGGCCAGAUACUUUAUAUCAAUUUGCCUCUCUGACCUACAUUAACAAUUUUCUGCCAGAUCAUAAAUGGGUUUUGUGCUGAAGGCCGCAUCCACUCUUAGCUGAGUUGAGACUGUUGAAAGAGGUUUCACACGAAACCUUUACAAUCAACAAAGUUCUCACCUGACAAGCUUGGCAGUAUUCAAUCAGCUUGCUUGAUUACAAUGCAAUUAAGAUAGAAACUGAAGCCUGGACCUAUGAGCAUGUGCUCACAAAUAUGAUCUCAUGUUAUAUUAGCUAGCAUGAUGAGAACUUCAAAAGUUUUCAUAUUUCUAUCUGCAGAUAUUUUCAUACCUGCUAUUUAAAGGAUUAAUGUCUUUUGAAUGGUCAAAGGGCCUUCAUGGAUAAUUUCUAAUGUGCUAGCUUCAAUACUUGUUGUCUCGGUCAAAUGCACUAAGUCUUCUCAGAAUGAACCCCUUUGUUUGCAGAGAACUGAGAUGUGGCUUUGUCAACUUGGAAUGCAAUGAGAGCUCUGGAAGUUAUUUGAAGUAUGCUGUUAAAGUUUCACAAUUUAAGAUAGAUACAUAAUCUCAGUUAACAAGGAAAAAAAACAGUGUAAAUACUCUUAAGUCCCCAGUACCAAGAAUGCUAAUUUUUAUUGCUAAUUUUUUUGAUAACAUAUAGAUACGAACACCGUGAGGAAACCCUUUAAUCAUCGUGAUGCAAAAAGCGCCAUAUGCAAAAAAAAUCAUUUUCUUCAACAUUACAUAUUUCAGUUAUCAAGGGAGAGUUUUAAGUCCUGAUUAACUCUUUGACAACUAAAAAGUUUACAUCACUCUGAGGAACCGUGUCUGCAUAAAAUUUCUCAAUCAAGUUGAAUUGAACAUCUCAUGAACCUAAAUAUUUUUUUAAAAAUGCUAAAAUGAUGACUGCACAUGUUCACUGAUUGCCUGGACUGUUGGAACAUUUGACAAAGUUACAAAGAGAGUGUACUGUCAAUGAUAGGGGUCAAUCAGUCUUGUCAUUCAAAGCUUGCAUUCUGUCAAAUAAUUGAGCAGAACCAGUCAGACUCCAGAACAAAGCUCUCGACAGUUCCAAAAUAAUCAAGACAUGGAAAUGUUGAGAAAUUAAAUAAAUUUUGAUGAUUAAAAGAACAUGCUGGAAAAGCACAACAGAUCUGGAACUGCCCACAGACACUCUGCAUAGUAGACAGAAGAGUCACUGCUUCUUAUCCAAGGCCAGCAUUUCAAGUAAUCCAAUCAGAAGUCUUCAAAAUAUUCAAACCUACAAAAUUAGAGCUGGAGAAAGUUUUACAGAAUGACUAAUGUAGCUAGGUUUCGGGGUCCAGAUGAAGCUGUGAAUUAUCUAGUGAAUAUUUUUCAACUUUAGGCCAGUAAUUCACAACAGGAAAUCUGUUGGACUGUGUUGAGGUGGUAGUGGCAUGAAGCCCUCAUCAGUAAACUGCUGCAACCCUCUGAGGUGUACAGAUCUCUGUGUAAAUCCAUGCUGCUGCUUUUGUUUGACAACUUAUUGGUUAAUUCCCAGUGUUCUCCCAGGGAGAAACUGUUAUGUUCCUGGCUUUGGAUGUAUGACCGAAUUUGACAAUGUACUGUAAAUAAAAUGCAUUUAGUUUCCAUGACAAUCCGUGCAUUUCCUGGUUGCAAUAAACUAUGAUGUUGACCAAGUA